GUGGUUUCAUAAUAAAUGUAACAAACGUCAAAUCUGACAGUAAAACUGAUUGAUACAAAACAAUAAAAUGGAUUUCGACGAUUGUUUUUUUGUAUGAUGCGUCAAAAAAUGCCGCCGUUCAGGAGGAAAAAGUCCGGGAAGAGCUUCCCAGUCAAAGUGUGCACGCUGGAUGCGGAGCUGGAGUUUAAUUUGGAGCUGAGGGCGACUGGCAGGGAUUUGUUCGAACUGGUGUGUCGGACCAUCGGGCUGAGGGAGACAUGGUACUUUGGGUUGCAGUUCGAGGACUCCAAGGGUUUCAUUUCCUGGCUCAAAUUGGACAAAAAAGUGCAAGACCAAAGUAUACAGAAGAAUCACACCACUGCCUCAUUCAUGUUUCUCGCUAAGUUCUAUCCAGAGGAGGUGGCGGAGGAGCUGGUGCAAGAGGUGACACAACAUUUGUUCUUCCUGCAGGUGAAACAGGCCAUUUUAUCCAUGGAUGUUUACUGUCCUCCUGAGGCUUCAGUAUUACUGGCCAGCUACGCUGUUCAAGCUAAAUUUGGGGACUUUGAUGAGGAUACUUAUAAACCUGGCAUGUUGGCGAGUGAAGACUUACUGCCACAGAGAGUUAUUGAUCAAUACCAAAUGACUUUGGAAAUGUGGGAGGAGAGGAUUAGAGUGUGGUAUGCAGACCAUCGAGGCAUGUCAAGAGAUGAAGCUGAGAUGGAAUACCUUAAAAUUGCCCAAGAUUUGGACAUGUAUGGUGUAAAUUACUUUCCUAUUUUAAAUAAAAAAGAGACUGAAUUGUGGUUGGGCGUUACUUCUGUAGGUCUCACGACUUAUGAAAAGGAAAACAAGUUACAACCCAAAACGACUUUCACAUGGUCUGAAAUUAGACAUAUUAGCUUUGAUGAUAAGAAGUUUGUGAUCAAAACGGUCGAGAAAAACUCGGCGAAUUUGGUGUUCUUUAGCCAAAAAGUUCGCAUGAACAAACUGAUACUGGACCUGUGCAUGGGAAACCACGACUUGUUUAUGAGACGGAGAAAACCGGACUCCAUGGAGCUGCAACAGAUGAAGGCGGCCGCCAAGGAGGAGAAGCAGAGGAGGCAGGUGCAACGGAACAGGCUGGCGAGGGAGAAGCAGCUUCGCGAGGAGGCGGAACGUGAACGUGCCAACAUGGAACAACGACUCAUACAAUAUCAGGAGGAAAUACGAUUGGCCAACGAGGCACUCAGAAGAUCCGAAGAAAGUGCCGAUUUGCUGGCGGAAAAGAGUCGCGUGGCCGAAGAGGAGGCGAUACUGUUGAGUCAGAAGGCGUCGGAGGCGGAGCAGGAGAUUAAACGGUUGCGACUGACGGCCAUGCGGAAGGACGAAGAGAAGGUGACGUUGGAGCGUAAGACCAGGGAGGCUGAAAUGCUAACUGCUAGGCUGGUUGAGGAAAGCGAAAGGCGGGCAGCGGAAGCGGACAAACUGAAAGACGAACUGUUGAAGGCCAGGGCGGCGGAAAAGCAGGCGAAGGAGAAGCUGCUGGAUUUCCUCAGCAGGUCCACGUACACAGCUUCCUCCGUCACCAGUCCUCUUUCCAGCGUCCCUACGUUGUACAGCGCUCCACUGAGUCCCACUCUUGCCCCAGAACUGAACAUGCUGGACAUGGACGUCAACACAUCUCCGGACUUGAACCUGAACAUGAAUUCCUACGAUCUAAUCGCACACGGCGAUGCCGACCAACUAUCUUUGGAAAUAGAAAAAGAACGGGUGGAAUAUCUGGAGAAGUCGAAACACCUUCAAAACCAAUUGAGGGAGUUACGGUCGGAAAUUGAGGUGCUGAAAGUAGGUGAUAAACAGACAGAUUUCGAUCACCUGCACGAGGAGCAGGUGAAGCUGGGCGAAAACAAAUAUUCGACGUUAAAAAAAAGCAAAUCCGGCUCGACCAAGUCACGUGUUGCCUUUUUUGAAGAGUUAUGAUCUAUGCUAAUCCGUUUUAUUUUACAGUUGGAAUUUAUCAGAUAUUUUACAUCAUGACAAAUGUUAUUAUUAUUAAGUAGUAAACUAUUUUUAAGUAUUUU